GAGCAGAGACCAGCUCCCAGGCGGUGGCCCUGGCAGAAGGCUUCCUCCUGAGUCAGGUGGAGGAGAAGAAAGAGCAGGCUGAGUUGCAGUGUUGCGAUAUGGACAUCAGAGACCCUGAGGGAAAGAAGAAUCCAUCAAAUCCCCCUCAGGAGACAUUUUGCAGGAGGAUCCCUUGGGAAGAUCCAAGUCGGGACACCUCAGGAGAGAAACAAAGAAUGAAGUUUUCGGGUUUUUAUAAUGGAGCUCAAACAGUGGUUGAACCUCCAAAUCAAGAGAGUCUUGUGUCCUUCGAGGAGGUGGCUGUUUAUUUCUCUGAGGAGGAAUGGUCUCAACUGCAUCCUGACCAAAAAGUACUCCAUUCUGAAGUCAUGCUUGAAAACCAUAGGAAUGUGGUCUCUCUGGGUAAUAACGGGCAGGAGAAUCAAGAUUCCUGUGAACUGUUCCAAGCGAUCAAUGCUCAAGAUGGAACGGAGAACUUUGGAAUUCAAAUAGAAAGUCAUGAAAGAAACCAGCCAAACAAUUGGAAUCAGGAAAGCUCAUCUUCCACUGAUGCUCCCAUGCAAGAGAAACUAAGGAAAAAAUAUAUUGGGAAAAAUGUGAAGCUAAUUAAAGCUAAAUUACAUGUAAAUGAACACUAUUUAACCCAAAACAAAGGAGAAGAUGCUAUAAGAACCUACAACAGAGAAAAUUACAAUGGGACAUUCAUUCCUUGUCUUGAUAAUAACAUCUGUACAUCUCAAAAAGUAAUUCACACAAAAGAGAAGCCUUAUCAAUGCAUGGUGUGUGGAAAGACCUUUACUCGAAAUACUAGUCUUGUUUGCCAUAAUAUGAUCCAUACAGGGACAAGGCCAUUUAAAUGCAUGGAAUGUGGAAAGACCUUUGCUCGAAAUGGACAUCUUAUUUCCCAUAAGUUGAUCCACACAGGGGAGAAGCCGUUUAAAUGCAUGGAGUGUGGAAAGGCCUUUACUCAAAAAGGUAAUCUUAUUUCCCACAAGAUGAUACAUACAGGGAAGAGGCCAUAUAAAUGCAUGGAGUGUGGAAAGACCUUUGCUCAAAAUGGAUGUCUUCAUCGCCAUAAGAUGAUACACACAGGGGGAAAACCAUAUAAAUGCAUGGAGUGUGGAAAGACCUUUUCUCGAAAUUGUGAUCUUCUUUGCCAUAACAGGAUUCAUACAGGAGAGAAGGCAUAUGAAUGCAUGGAAUGUGGAAAGACCUUUGCUUUCAGCAGUAGUCUUGGUAGUCACAAAAAGGUCCAUACAGGAGAAAAGCCAUUUAAAUGCAUGGAGUGUGGAGAGACCUUUGCUCGAAGUGAUAGUCUUGUUUACCAUAAUAUGAUCCACACAGGAGAGAAGCCAUUUAAAUGCAUGGAAUGUGGAAAGACCUUUGCUCUGAAUGGUCAUCUUAUUUCUCACAAAAGGAUCCAUGCUCGAGAGAAACUAUAUAGCAAUGUCAAGUCUUUCUGCGGGCAUCAAAGCGGUUGGAGAUCCACAAGAAAAGAUUCACUUGGAGUUGCCUUGCAGCCCAGAGAAAGGAUGGAGACACAACUUUUAGCAAGUGAAGCCACUCCAAAAGGCCCUUGUGCUCUUCAGCCUGGGAGCUGUGGGGAGAUCAGGAAAAAAAGCCGGCGGAAGUUCCUGGAGGAGGAAACCAUCCUCCAUUCAGAAGUUCAGCCCUGCAACUUCAGGAGCCUCCAAUACCAGGAGGCUGAAGGUCCCCGAGGACUUUGCAGCCGACUCCACUACUUUUGCAGGCGAUGGCUGAGACCAGAUAAGCACACCAAAGCCCAGAUGCUGGACCUGGUGCUUCUGGAGCAGCUCCUGGCUAUCCUGCCCCCAGAGAUGGAGAGCUGGGUGCGGGAUUGUGGAGCAGAGACCAGCUCCCAGGCAGUGGCCCUGGCGGAAGGCUUCCUCCUGAGCCAGGCAGAAGAACAGGUCAAGUUGGAGUCCUUCACUGUGGAGCUCAGAGAUCCUGAAGGAAGGAGGAAUCCAUCAAAUUUCCCUGAGGAUCUGUUUUUCAGAGCGGUAUCUGAGGAAGAGUCAAGUCAGGACACCUUGGGAGGGAAACAUAGUAUGAACGUUUCUGGUCUUUAUGUCGGAGCUGAAUCAGUGGUUGAACCUCCAAAUGAAAAGGGCGUUGUAUCCUUCGAGGAGGUGGCUGUGUAUUUCUCUGAAGAGGAGUGGUCACAGCUGAGCCCUGACCAAAAAGAGCUGCAUUGGGAAGUCAUGGUGGAAAAUGAUAGGAACAUGGUCUCUCUCGGUAAUAAUGGGCAGGAGAAUCAAGAUUCCUUUGAACUGCUCCAAGUGAUCAGUGCUGAAGGAAUGGAGAAGUCUGCAAUUCAAAAGGAAGUAGAAAAACAUGAAGGAAACCCGUUAAUUAACUGGAAUUGGGAAACCUCAUCUUUUAUUGAUGCUUCACUGCAAGACUUUCAUAAAAAGAUCCACAAAGGAAAACAAAAACGCAUGGAAUGUGGAAAGACCUUUGCUCGCAGGAGUCAACUUAAUAAACAUAAUAGGAGCCAUGCGGAGGAGAAGCCACAUAAUUGCAAGGACCAUGGAAACUGGUUCAGAACAAUAUGUUCCCUUGAUCUCCAUCAAAUGAUCCAUACAAGGCAGAAGGUAUUCAAAUGUGUGCAAUGUGGAAAGGGCUUUCAGAGGAACUGUGAUCUUACAAUCCAUAAAAGGACCCACACAGGGGAAAAGCCAUAUAAAUGUCCAGAGUGUGGAAAGGACUUUGCUCGUAGCAGUAAUCUUAAUUCCCAUAAAAAGAUCCAUACAGCGAAAAAGCCAUAUAGUUGCAAGGAAUGUGGAAAGUGGCUGAAAACAAAAUGUUCCCUUAUACGCCAUGAAAUGAUCCACACAAGGCAGAAGGGAUUUAUAUGUGUGCAAUGUGGAAAGGGCUUUUUGAGGAAUUAUGAUCUUACAGUCCAUAAAAGGAUGCACACAGGGGAGAAGCCCUAUAAAUGCAUGGAGUGUGGAAAGACCUUUUCUCGGACUAGUAGUCUUAUUUACCACAAAAGAAUCCACACAGGGGAGAAGCCCUAUAAAUGCAUGGAGUGUGGAAAGAGCUUCAUUCGGAGUGUUUGUCUUACUUCUCAUAAAAGGAUCCACACAGGGGAGAAGCCAUAUAAAUGUGCAGAGUGUGGAAAGACCUUUGCUCACACUAGUAGUCUUAUUUCUCAUAAAAAGAUCCACACAGGGGAGAAGCCCUAUAAAUGCAUGGAGUGUGGAAAGAGCUUCAGUCGGAGUGAUUGUCUUACUUCUCAUAAAAGGAUCCACACAGGGGAGAAGCCAUAUAAAUGCAUGGAGUGUGGAAAGACCUUUUCUCAGACUGGUGGUCUUAUUUCCCACAAAAGAAUCCACACAGAGGAGAAUCCAUAUAAAUGCAUGGAGUGUGGUAAAUCCUUUACUCAGAGGCAUAAACUUGCAAUCCAUAAAAGGACCCACACAGGGGAAAAGCCAUAUAGUUGCAAGGAAUGUGGAAAGAGCUUCAGUCGGAGGUAUUGUCUUACUUCUCAUGAAAGGAUUCACACAGGGGAGAAGCCCUAUAAAUGCAUGGAGUGUGGAAAGAGCUUCAGUCAGAGGUAUUGUCUUACUUCUCAUGAAAGGAUUCACACAGGACAUGCCAUAUAAAUUUGUGGAAUGUGCAAAGGGUUUGUAAGGUCUUGCCUCUCCAAUCUCCCCCCCCCCCCCAACAGUACAGUGAUGCAGGAAACAGAAACUUCAUAUAGAGAUCUAUCCAAUCCUCCCUACUCCCACCACAAAGCCAGCGUCUCAAAAGAAAUAUAUGGGGCUUGACUGCGUUUCUUCAAAAAUUGAUCACUGAUGUUACAUAAAAGGACCCAUACAAUAGAAAAGCCUUAUAAAAGCAUGGAGUUUGGAAAAACCUUUACUCAGACCAAUCAUCUUACUUCUCAUACAAGGAUCCACAUGGGAGAAGGUAUAAAAAUGUAUGGACUGUGGAAAGGGCCCCAGUCAUAAUCGUUCCCUUACAUAUCAUAAAGGAAUCUAUACAAAACAAAUUAUAUGAGUAAUUCGGAAAGAGCUUCAGGAAAAGUAAUGACCUAAUUUUUCAAUAAACGUAUAUUUG